AUGUUCUCUCCUAUUGUCUUCCAUUCACCUCUAGCUAUCAUUACAAAAGAUGAAAAAAAAGCAAGAAACGCAAAAAUGGCAGCUAUCAUCGAGCGAUAUAAGGACAAAGUCUCAACUCUUCCGAAGCAAGAAAGUUGGAUGAACAUGGACGUAUACAAGUACCAAGGUUUCUGGUACCACCAAGGCUUUUGGUAUCAUGGAGCUAAUUUCUCAGUAGAAGCAGUUAUGGCCGCACAAGAUGAUUUGAAAGCUAAACCAACCGAUGUUUUCUUGGCCAGUCAUCCAAAAUCUGGCACAACAUGGCUUAAGGCCCUUGCCUAUGCCAUUAUGACCCGAACCAAGUUCAAAAUCGAUCUUGCUUCUAAUUUAACACAUCCAUUGCUCACUAUUAGCCCCCAUGAUUGUGUCCCAUUCAUUGAGACUGAUUCUUUCUUGAUCAACCCUUCUUACAAUAAUGGCCUCAUGGCGACCCAUAUUCCUUACAAUUCAUUGCCUGAAUCCAUCAUUAAUUCUGGUUGCCGGAUUGUUUAUGUAUGUAGAAACCCUAAAGAUGUGUUUGUUUCCUUUUGGCACUUCAUAAACGGUUUAAAUGAUGAUGCAUCUACUUCAGUAAGUUUGAAGGACGCAUUUGAGAUCUUUAGUAGUGGCAUUAGCCCACAUGGACCUAUUUGGGAUCAUGUGAUUGGGUACCAUAAAGCAAGCCUUGAACGACCAGAUAAGGUUUUGUUCUUGAACUACGAGGAAAUGCAGAAGGAUGCAAAUAAUGAGGUCAAGAAUUUGGCCAAGUUCUUAGGUUAUCCUUUUACAGAAGAGGAGGAAGCCACCGGAAAAGUGGAAGAGAUAAUAAAAUUAUGCAGUUUUGAUAAUUUAAGGGAGGUUAACAAGCCUAAUAAAGAUGGAGAUGAGACGUCUACUGUUGUAUCUGAUGAAGCAUUUUUCAGAAAAGGUAAAGUUGGAGAUUCUAUUAAUUAUCUUACAACUGAAAUGAUCCAGAUUUUGGAUAAAAUCACGAAAGAAAAGUACGAUGGUUUGGAUAUCUCAAUUUAA